AUAAAUAACAUAGGCGUUGUAGUAGGGAGUUUGCACUUCUCCAUCAGGUAGCAAAGCUAGAUUAAUUUGCGGCUUUCUGACCAAGACAACUUUUAUCUUCGCCAGAAAUUUUCUGUUUAAUAUUCACAGAUGCCGCGACGUGUAAAUAAGAGGUUUGGGCCCGUGAUUAUGUAGGCUUAAGUAGGUACACGUUAGCUGCUUGCAUUUGUUUAACUAGAAGCUAGCUGCUAGAGCUUUCCAGCUGGGUGGCUGGCUGACUGACUGGCUGGCUGGCUAGCUGGCUUGUUGAGAGGUGUAACGUUAACUUGAGGUCUUGAAAAAUAGCAAGGCUACGUUGUCGCUAACUGGCGUUAAUCAGCGUGAGUCUAAACACCCUAAAGUAGCGUUAAAUAUAAGUGUUGCUGUCCAUGGAUUUAAACAUCGAAAGUUGUCAGUGCGAACUGGCUUUUCGUUUUUAUUGAGCAAUUAGUCAACAUAGCGGUGGUGUUUCCCCGUGGCUUUUGCAGUAGCCUAGCUAGCUAUUCAGUAGUUUGACGCUGUCAAACUAAUUACCUAGCUGGUUGUCUAUUUAGUUUCUUUGAUAAUAAUUGAUUUUAAAACGACCAUUUGUGUUGUCAUUGAAAUAUCCACUACAUCUUCGGAAUAACCAAGUAUGGGAAUGUGCCUUCCUUGUCUGGGUGGAGCUGCAGAGGACGUGGUGGAUACGCCAGAUCCAGAAACUAGAAGACGUCAGCUAGCAGAAGCGGCAGAGAAAAGACAGAAAGAGACCUCCAACCGAGGAGUCAAGAACCCGGAAGCACUUGAGAGGAAAAAGAGGAAACAAGAAGAGAUGGAGAAGCAGACCGUGAUGGGCACGUCUCCGUCAGGGGGAGGGGGGCUCAAGUGGCAGAUGGGCUGAUCUGAAGACACCUCUUGUGGUUUAAGGACAUUGGACAUCGCAUCGGCCAAUACAAACAGUGUGGCAGUCAACUUGAGGGUGUUUUUUUUUUUUUUCCUUUUUUGUUUGUUUUUGGUUAAAAUUUUCAUACAUAAGCUAGUCAGAGCAGUUGCAUCUAAAACUAGCCAAGCUGGAAGUGUGAUUACUCGCCAUAGCCUCUUGAUUGGCUGAAGUGCAUUAGUGGGCAGACCCUGUCUAUAUUGCCAAGGUGUACCAGCCAAUGAGGUGCUAGAGCAACUGACUGCUAACAGUGAGUAGCAGGUUGCAAAAAGCUCUGCCAGGUGAAGAAACAUUGCUACACAUAACUACUGUUUAUCGCAAUGCAGCUCUCUCACACACAAACACAUGCUCAAACAAUCUCCUUGAAAGGUUGUGCAAUGGUGCUUCUGUCACAUCACAUUGGUUUGAAUGCUUAUGUGCUUGUGUGAUAAUUUAUAUAGAUAUGUAUUUCCUGAGAGUUCAUGGCUCUUUCGAGUGAUUUAGCAUGAUUGGAAGUCACCUAUACCACAGAUAUGUAAGAAAACACUUUUAUGACAAGCCCAAGAUUGUUGGAGGAUCAUUGUUGGUUGGUGUCAGACCAGUUUUGCUGAGAUUUUUUGAUUGUCUUUCAUGUUUAAUUAUUCCUCAGUGCAAUGUAAGUUAUUUUGCCUCGAGUUUGAAAGGUAGGGCAUGUUUGUUUGUUUGCAUCAUAGUUUGAUGUUAUUUAAUAGAAGGCAUUGGAUAAAAUGAAAGGUUUUCACCAUUGAGAAAUGUUUGUUGUACACAUUCAUUAUGUUCACUUUUCACCAUUUACCAUUUACUAAUACAAUUCACUUUUUGACUAGUGAAGUCAUGUUUAACAGGUUGAAAUGAAGAUGCCUCAUACUGCAUAUUUCUAUUUACUCAUGUGUGGCAGUGUGCUUUUCUUUCACAAAACGGCAGCAUUUUGGUCAUCUAUCCAAAUGCCUUACUGUAUUUCAGGAUGGACCUAACCUUAGGUUCAGAAUGGAUUAAAAACCUUUGACCAGUAAGUGCAGCUUGUAGCUGUAGGUGUGUCCGAUGUCAUUUGGACAUUUGAAGGAGGAGAGGGGGCAUUAACACUGGUGCCCCCUUUCUAAUCACUAACCUUAACACUAUCUGUGCUUCUGAAACACAGCAGGAACUCGUGUAAAAGAUGGGUGUCAAUACUGAAGAAUGCUUCUUAACUUUGAAAUUAAUUUCUAUUUGAACCCUGUCUGUUUGCCUUGCUUCUCCAUUUGCAUUUGCAGAAUUAAAUUUCUAUUUUAAUGUG